UCAUUGGCUAAAUCUAAAACCUUCUAAAACCUUCCAAGCUUCCACAGUCCACACCCGUGUGGUUCCUUCUCUCCCUCUCUCUCAAAACCCUAAACCCUAAUCAUUUUGUCUCGUUCAGCUCACCCAUGGCCACCGCUGCGUUGCUUCGAUCCAUUCGACGCCGUGAUGUCGCUUCCGCUCCUCUCUCCGCAUACAGAUCUUUUACUAGCACUGCCAAGCCAUCUCAUCUGGGCCAGAAGUGGUCAACCUUGGUGAGACCUUUCAGUACAAAACCUGCGGGACAAGAUGUUAUUGGUAUCGACUUGGGUACUACCAACUCAUGUGUUUCUGUUAUGGAGGGAAAGAAUCCCAAAGUUAUCGAGAACUCUGAAGGAGCUCGAACCACUCCAUCAGUUGUCGCUUUUAACCAAAAAGGAGAACUACUUGUUGGUACUCCAGCGAAACGUCAGGCUGUGACCAAUCCAACUAACACUGUCUUUGGCACCAAGCGUUUGAUCGGAAGACGAUUUGAUGAUCCUCAAACACAAAAAGAGAUGAAGAUGGUUCCUUACAAGAUUGUUAAGGCUCCAAAUGGUGAUGCAUGGGUAGAGGCCAAUGGACAACAGUAUUCUCCCAGUCAAAUUGGAGCUUUCAUUCUUACCAAAAUGAAGGAGACUGCUGAGGCUUACCUAGGAAAGAGUGUAACAAAAGCUGUUGUUACUGUUCCAGCUUAUUUCAAUGAUGCCCAGAGACAAGCAACAAAAGAUGCUGGCAGAAUUGCAGGCCUUGACGUACAGAGGAUAAUUAAUGAGCCCACUGCUGCUGCACUUUCUUAUGGAAUGAACAACAAAGAAGGUCUUAUAGCAGUUUUUGAUCUUGGAGGUGGAACAUUUGAUGUUUCCAUUUUAGAGAUUUCUAAUGGUGUUUUUGAGGUGAAAUCGACAAAUGGUGACACAUUCUUGGGGGGAGAGGACUUCGAUAAUGCUUUGCUGGACUUCCUAGUGAGUGAAUUCAAGAGGACUGAAAGUAUUGAUCUCUCAAAAGAUAAGCUUGCAUUACAAAGACUUCGAGAGGCAGCUGAGAAGGCCAAAAUUGAACUUUCAUCAACAUCUCAAACCGAGAUAAAUCUACCAUUUAUCACUGCUGAUGCUUCAGGUGCCAAACAUCUUAACAUUACACUAACAAGGUCCAAAUUUGAAAGUCUGGUAAACAACUUGAUCGAGAGGACCAAGGCCCCAUGCCUAAAUUGUUUGAAGGAUGCAAAUAUAUCUGUCAAGGAAGUGGACGAGGUUCUCCUUGUUGGAGGAAUGACUCGUGUUCCCAAAGUGCAGGAGGUUGUAUCAGCAAUUUUUGGAAAGAGUCCUAGUAAAGGAGUAAAUCCUGACGAGGCUGUAGCUAUGGGAGCUGCUAUUCAGGGUGGUAUUCUUCGCGGUGAUGUUAAGGAAUUGCUUCUCUUAGAUGUAACCCCUCUUUCACUAGGAAUUGAGACAUUGGGUGGUAUUUUCACCAGGCUUAUUAACCGAAACACAACAAUCCCUACAAAGAAGAGCCAGGUAUUCUCAACUGCAGCUGAUAACCAGACCCAGGUUGGUAUCAAGGUCCUGCAAGGUGAGCGUGAAAUGGCUUCCGAUAACAAGUCUCUCGGUGAGUUUGAGCUUGUAGGUAUUCCUCCCGCACCAAGAGGCAUGCCUCAGAUUGAAGUCACAUUCGACAUUGAUGCCAAUGGUAUCGUUACUGUCUCGGCCAAAGACAAGUCCACUGGAAAGGAACAACAAAUAACUAUUCGCUCAUCUGGAGGGUUAUCAGAAGAUGAGAUUGAGAAGAUGGUCAGGGAAGCUGAAUUGCACGCCCAGAAGGACCAGGAGAGGAAAGCUCUUAUCGAUAUCAGAAACAGCGCAGACACCACUAUCUACAGCAUCGAGAAGAGCUUGGAAGAGUACAGAGAAAAAAUUCCUGCAGAAGUAGCUAAAGAAAUCGAAGAUGUUGUUGCAGAUUUAAGGAAGGCAAUGGGAGAGGACAAUGCUGAUGAAAUUAAGGCUAAGCUUGACGCUGCAAACAAAGCUGUAUCGAAGAUCGGGCAGCACAUGUCUGGUGGCUCCGGCGGUGCUGCCUCGUCGGGAGGUUCGCAGGGUGGUGAACAGACUCCCGAGGCAGACUUCGAAGAGGUCAAAAAGUGAGCAUUUUUAAAGGUAAAUUUUAAACAUUGAAUUGCUUCUAAGAGGUUUUGUUGUAUCUAAAAAUAUGGGAGUACCAUUGAGUUUCUUUUGAUCCAUUUUAGCUAAUUAGGUCAAUAACAAAAUUAGAUUCCGGCCGGCUCCUUGUUGAGAGAAACACAUGGAAGUUUACCUUUUUUUUUUUGGUGUCUAUUAUUAUUUUAAAAUUUUGGGCAUGAAUUGCGUCAAAGAUUCUCAUAAUAACUUGCUGUUUUUAUUGCUAUAUAUAUACAAUGUUUUUGGUUUGGGUAUUGAAUAAUCGGCAAAAGUUCCAUAUUCCAAAACCUUA